GCAGGCAGGUGAGGUGGAAGCUGUAGUCUCUGGGUACUGGACCGUAACUGGAUCCUGCAGACCCAGAUCCCAACGCUGCCCUGUAAGCCUCUGCCAGGGAGAAACUGCCACCAACGCAGACCCUGCCGCGGGGAGAACCCCACCGCCAUGCAGCUGACACUCUGCAGGCUCCGGACUCACCAGUGGUGCUUCAUUCUCUUUAAUGUCUUGCUUUUCCACAUGCUGCUUUUUGGAGCAGAUUUACUGGAGGAAUAUUUCCUGCGGUCAUUACCUCUUUCUUACACCGAUGCAAAGACGCUCGAAAUCAGGGAGAGGGCCAGGAAGCUAGAUACAGAUCCUCUAAAGGCCAAUCUCUCCCACACUGUCAGCAGCGCAGCAACAUGCCCUGAUCAAGAGAUAUUUUUGCUCGUUCUUGUCUGCAGUAGCCCAGAAAACAGAACAAGGCGCAACGUGAUCAGGCAGACAUGGGGCAACGUGACAGACAUCAGAGGUUAUGCUGUCCUUACUCUGUUUGCUUUAGGAAAGCCAGCUUCAGUAAGCACCCAGCUGGAGAUCGAUGAAGAGUCUGAAAAGUACAGAGACAUUAUUGAAGGCAGCUUCAUUGAUUCUCCCGAGACGCAGACACAGAAGAUGUUGAUGAGCCUGGAGUGGACAGUGACUUUCUGUCCCCGUGCAAGGUACAUUCUUAAAGCAAAGGAAGACACGUUUGUCGGUAUUCCAAGCCUGGCUGGAUACUUGCUUAGCUUAACACAGCUAGAGGACAUUUACAGCGGGAGGGUUGUUCAUCAGGGAGUGCCUGACAGAGACCCCGAAAGCCCCGGCUUUGUUCCCAUCCACCAAUACUCAGAGGAGUUUUACCCCGAUUACUGCGAUGGGAGCGCGUUCGUCGUGUCCCAGGAUGUCGCUCGCAAGGUGUACGUGGCUGCCAAGGAGGUGCCUGUUUCAGUGCCCCCCGAUGUCUUUGUUGGAAUCUGUGCUAAAAAAGCUGGCAUCAGUCCCAUUCACAGCUCUCGAUUUUCUGGGGAGAAGCACAUCAGCUACAAUCGAUGCUGCUAUAAAUUCAUUUUCACCUCUUCCAACAUGGAGGAGGAUGAGUUAUUUAAAGACUGGAAGGAGACAAGCGAUGGUAAAGAUUGCUCAUUACUGGAAACUUACUACAGCCUGGUGUCCUGCAAGGUUUUGACCUAUAUCGAUAAGUUCAAACAGUUUAACUUAGAUAGAAUAAAAAAUGAGGUUCUUCAUUUUGUUGAUUAAGAUUUAACUUUUGUGAAGAAAGUCUGAAUUUUCUUUUACCAGCCGCUUUAUCCUGUUAACAUUCAGUAAUAACCAUCUGUUAGCUCUCUUCCCUCCACCAGCAACUGAAUUCUCAGUGUGUUACAGUAGCAAGAGAACUCUAGCUGUGUAAGCACCUACAUGCAUACAAGGAAAAAAUAAAAAGUAUUCCAAGAAACUGUAUCCAGCUUUAGAAGUCCUCUACCUUAUGCCAAAACUCCUUCUGCAUUUUUCAUCUGUGAGGCAUCACCUGCCUACAAAGUAUUCGCAAACGAAGGGAAAUCUACUGAAAGUCCACAAAAAGGCACAACUUCUGAGCAGCCCGUUUUACAGCACCGGUGAAACCGCACGAGACGUUGACCUGUCACGGGAAGUGCUUAGGUAAACAGCCCGGGGAGAGCUGGGCAAGAAAUCCAACUUACCCGAUCCAGAAUCCUGUACUUCCAUCAGUCCUGGCAUCUGAGGAACACGGACACAAGCAGCACGCUGCCGUGACAGGACGCCGGAGCGGUGAAGUCACAACAAACUCACCAGCACACCGGCAACACCCGACCUUACCCAAAGUGUAAAAAAUCCCCCAAAUGAGGAACCAGUCGCAGAACACAACCCCCCCGCUAUGCCCACGGCCUCUGGGUGAGUUCUUCCACACCAGCUCUGCCAGCAGGAGGAAGAGGAGCUGGGCCGCUCUGUGACAGCCACAGGUACCUCUGAGGGGCCCUUCUACUCUUCCUGCCGUGACGGGAGGAAUUCCAGCUGUGCCCCAAAGGAGCCUCAAUUCUUGAAGUACCAAGUUACACUGCUUGUUAAUCAAGGUCAAAGGAUGAGUUUUGGUUUGGGGUGGCAGGGUUUUUUGGUUGGUUGGGUCCUUUUUUUAAACCAAAUUCAUCAAGUUUAGCAUGUUACCUCAAUUCUCAUUCCAUUUCUGUUUUUUCUUCAAUUGUCUCCACCUGUUACUUUAGAGGGGGAGGACAGGGACAACACACUCACAUUUUCCCCGUGGUAUUUAAGAUACACCAGCAGCAACAUGUAAGCCAUACGGCAACACAGGAUGGGUAGAGAACUACAUGUGAAUAAUAAAGGGUAAGCGUUUGAUCAAUUAAUGGGAAUGUUGAGCUCAAAGCUCAACAAAAUAAAGCA